ACUCUGCUGGCCAGUUGCAGUGCAGUGAUAAAACCAUACUGACCUUUUCACAAUAAACUGUUAUCUACGACCAAAAUCAUGUCGCUGAGCGCUCAGAAACAGUCCCUGACCUUACAGUACAAGAUCCCCACGGAUAAAUUUGUGCAAACCCCAAGUGCUGAAGGAUCGAGAGUUGGAAAUGUGGGACUCUCUGACUAUAAGACCGAGUUCAGCGUGACCCAGCAGCAAGACUAUCCGGAGAUCUCCGAGUCCUCAUGGACGCUGACCAUUAAGAUGAAUAAUGACUUGUCGAGCGGCUACAUCAAUACUAGUGCGGUUUUGACACCGCUCCACGGGGUCGAAGAUCCCUACGACGCCCUAGCGGAGAUCACUAUCAGCUCACAAGCUUAUGCAGCCCCGGAACUGUGGAUCCCGACAAAGGACCGGCUUAAGGAAAAUUCCGCACGUUCCGCUCCGCAGCGGCUUCGACAGUUUUCGGAGUCCUCCUUGGUAACUUAUACGACGUCGAAGACCACGGGCAGGUGCGACUACAUCCUUCGCGCGGGCGACAUCUACGUCAACAUGACGUACCACGUCAAGCGUCAGCCGGUGGAACUGCGCUCCCUCCUGGACGGCGGUCUCCUUUCCGACUGCCUUCUCAUCGCCAGUGACGGCCGCCGCUUUCCCGCCCAUCGGGCCAUCCUGGCGGCUCAGUCGCCACUCUUCUUGGACAUGUUCCAGAACCACACUGACCGCAACCGUACCAACGGUGAGUACGUGCUGAUGGACCUGCGCGGGGAGGUCUUGGAGAAGGUCGUGCAGUUCGCGUACAGUCGACAGCCGUUCACGGCGGAGCUGGGAGAACUGCGGGAGAUGUGGUGUGUGGCGGAUAAGUACGGGAUGUCGGCGUUGCGGAGUGUCUGUCAGGACAUGAUGAUGGCGGAUGUGAAGAAGGACACGGCGUUGGCAUAUUUCGAUUUUGCUCGUCUGCAUGGAAUGAACGAAUUGCUAAAGAAGGCAGCCGUUUGUUUGGGCGACGAAUAAGAUGAUUCGUUCAAUUAAUAAUUUUGCUGAGUGAAUUAAAUGACAUUUUUAUUCAAGAAUUUGAAUGACCUUUUCCAUAUCAUAUAUGCAUGGCACGUUAACAUCUUGUUUAUGUCAAACACUCGAUGAUUUCGAAGGGGUAAUAUUUAUACACAAAAAUGCAUAUCUUUUGAUUACGUUUUGUACAGUAUAUGUGUAUUUUG